GCUUCGUGCAAAAACCCUCCUUUGCUUAGCUAGCAACCAGAGAGAGAGAGAGGCGCAAUAGAGCUGAAGAAAGAAGACGAAAAAAAUGGGGAAAACAAAGAAAGAAGAUCUGAAUCAAUUUCUGAUUCCUCACCUCAACACCAUCUACGAUACUCUCGAUAAUCUCCAGUUGUUCGAACGAACAGCGUUUGCGACAGAGGAGAAAGUGAACUGGAACGAUGCUCUUCAGAUGUCUGGUCAUCUCUCUAGACAAGCCACCAUAGUGGGAAUGCUGUGGAGUGGAGAAGCUCCAAAAGCUGAAUCACUUAAGGGGACUAUGGAGUCUUACUUCAACGCUCUUCAAGGCUUCAUACUUUGUUGCCAUGUAAGCACUGUUGGUGCUGGCCCUACUCUUUCUUCGCUCAUUCAUGUCUCCGUCAAGAAGAUCGUCGAUUCCAGCCUCAGAUUGUUGCAGGGUUCUGUCUCCUUAUACGAGGGAUCAUAUGAGAAGGACAAGAAGCCGUCUAUUCCACGGCUCUCAGGAGCAGUUUGGGAAGCAUGCUCUGGUUUCAAGAAGGUUCCUACAACAAACAUCACUGCCAUUGGCAGAGCUAUUACUCAGGUUGCUGUUUCCAUGAAGGAUGUCCUCAGGGAGAUGAAAGAAGUGAAACCAGCUCCACCUGAGGAUGACGCAUCUGGUGAUAACAACAACUCAGAUGAUGAUGAUGAUUUAGGGAAUGAUCUGUCUCCCGAAGAAAUGGAAAUUGCUCAAAUGGUAGCUGAGAUUGUGUCUGAGACCAUCAUGGUGACAAAAGAACUCAUCCGAGUUAUCACCGGGAUGAUCAAGCUGGAGAAUCCAAAGGAUAACAGCGGGUUUGUGGACUCGCUUGAGAAGAUGCUGAAGCUGUGUAAAGGAACUGGUGAUCAGAUCGAUGAGAUUGGAGCUUGUGUUUAUCCUCCGCAGGAGAUUGUCAAGAUGAAGCAAGCGCUGAAGAUAAUACAGGGAAACCUCGAUGAAGUCGAGUCCGAAGUUGAGGGUUUGAAGAGUGCUUCAGAGGCAUUUACAGGAGCUUGCAGGAAGCUGAGUAGCUCGAUGAAACACAUGGAAGCUGAGUUAGACAAGAGAUGCGAGGAUGAAGUAGUUACUGAAAUGCAGAAUGUUACUCUUGGCAGCUAGAAAGUUUAGGAUUUUGCAAGGUUUCUUCUAAGUUACAUUUUUGUGUGUGUUUUAUUACAGUAAAGUCGUGUACUUUUAUGUUCCUGUCGGAAAGUAGCAUGUGUCUUUUUAACACUCAUGAUUCAUGUAAUAUGCAUUGUUCAAUGUGUGUGCGUUACA